GUACAAUGAGGGAAGUACUGGAAGAACCAGGGUACGUCUCUUCCUUUGAAUGGACUCUAAUGCCCCCUGCAGGUGAGAUCACGAAGUGGGUUAGUCACCUUGUUUUUGCCUGGUUCUUGACAUGGACCACCGUGUGCCACCAUAAUCUGUGAGCUCUGAUGGUCCUUGGGACCCCAAGUUCCAAAAACAUGGACCUUACAUUGCCAUCAGUAGCAGAAGAGCUUCUGCGAGAAAUAAAGUGCAGUUACUGCGAGACCUCACAAAUUUCUGAUGAACAUUUACUGGGAUUGAAGUUUAUUUUUGGGCCCACAGCUCUUUAUGCCUUGGAUUUAGUUGAUCAGCGUUCCGUAACACAUGUCACAAGUCCCAGUGGGAGAAGCACUUUCCAGGUUACUGGAAGUUCAGGCAAGGUCUACACCUGCUACAAGGCCUGUCACUACUGUUCCUGCCCUGCCUUCUCUUUCUCUGUACUCAGAAGAAAUGACAGCUUGAUGUGCAAACAUAUUCUUGCGGUCUACCUAAGUCAAGCCAUAGGGUGCUGCCAAGAUCUGUCUGUGUCUGAUAAGCAGAUGAGCGAAAUUCUGCUGGCCAAAGAAGACUAAUUCCACAGGAUGAACUACAGGGAAGAGUGGAGCUGCUGUGGGAUUUGGAAACCCAGGACUGUUAACCAAAAAAAUAUUUUAUGUAAGAUUCCUUGCUGGAAGACAUGUCUCCAAAAAAUGUUAACUCCUUCUAGCCUUCAAUCAUGUGAGAUGUUUUUUCAAGGUUUGUGUUCUCUUUUUAUACAAAAGUUGUGAAACGAGAGCCAAUUCCAUAUAUUUUUAAGGAAUAGAGUUAAGAGUUUUCCAACAUUUUAAUACUGAUGAUCUAUCCUCCGGAUAGGUCAUCGGUAUCUGAUCGGUGGGGGUCUGACACCCGGGACCCCCACCAAUCAGG